GCUGCGGUGCGUCGCGCGCAGGCUGGAGAGAGAUGACAAGAGUCUCGCGGAACUGGCCAGACAAACAUGGAUCUUCGUAAAACGCUGAUUUCGGUGCUUUGGAUAUUAUUGCUCAGCCUGGUAGAAGAAUGUCACACCGAAGAAGUGGUGCUGCUGAAUUCUAAAGAGACUCAGGCAGAGCUGGGCUGGACAUCAUAUCCCCCCAAUGGAUGGGAGGAGAUAAGCGGUGUAGAUGAGAAGUAUAAGCCUAUUCGGACGUAUCAGGUGUGUAAUGUGAUGGAGCCCACACAGCAGAACAACUGGCUACAGACGGGCUGGGUUGCACGCCGAGGUGGUCAACGCAUUUUCGUGGAGCUUCAGUUCACGCUGCGAGACUGUAACAGCAUCCCUGGUGUGGCCGGAACCUGCAAGGAGACCUUCAACCUCCUGUACGUUGAGUCGGACAGAGACCUCGGCGGCGUGACCAGAGAGGACCGAUACACCAAAAUCGACACCAUCGCUGCAGACGAGAGCUUCACGCAAGGCGACCUGGGUGAGAGAAAGAUGAAGCUGAACACAGAGGUGCGUGAAAUAGGCCACCUCAACCGCAAAGGCUUCCACUUGGCCUUCCAGGACGUUGGAGCCUGCGUGGCCUUAGUGGCGGUGCGAGUGUACUACAAACGCUGCCUCGCAACUGUGCAGAAUCUGGCAGUCUUCCCCGACACAGUGGCUGAGGCAGCUUUCGCCACGCUGGUAGAAGUGCGCGGCACCUGCGUCAACAAUUCAGAAGUUGACACAGACAGUCCUCCCAGGAUGCAUUGCAGCGCCGAAGGGGAAUGGCUGGUGCCCAUUGGGAAAUGCAGCUGCAGCGCCGGUUAUGAGGAGGGACACAGCAGCUGUGAAGCUUGCCCCCCUGGAUCCUAUAAAAUGUCAUCCAGGCAGCAGGAGUGUUUUCCCUGCCCAGCCAACAGCGUCGCGGAUGAGGAUGGAUCCGUUGCAUGUGUGUGUGAAGAGGACCACUUCAGAACCCCUCUAGACACCCCCUCUGCGCCAUGCACACGGCCCCCCUCCCCACCUAGAGACUUGGUCUACACCCUGAAGCAGUCCACCCUGAUCCUGGAGUGGGCUGCACCAUCUGACACUGGUGGCAGAGUGGACCUGACCUACAGCGUGGGGUGCCGGAGGUGCGUUGGGAGGCAAUGUGAGCCAUGUGGGGCAAGUGUCGGUUUUGUGCCUCAGCAGGUCGGCCUGACGGAGAGAACGGUGACCGUGGUCAAUCUUCUUCCCGACACCAACUACACAUUCACUGUAGAGGCCUUGAAUGGAGUGUCGGAGCUUCUGCCCAACAAAAGGUUCUACACCCAAGUGAACGUUUCAACAAGUCUACCAGCACCAUCUCUGAUCAGUGAGCUGCGGGCAGAGAAGAUCGAGCAAAAGAGCAUCACGCUGGUGUGGAAGGAGCCGUCUUACCCGAACAGCAACCGCACGGAAUAUGAAGUCAAAUACUAUGAGAAGGAACAAAAGGAUCAGAGUUAUUCGACUGUCAAAACCGCAGUCCCACGGAUCAGUGUCACUAACCUCAAACCUGGCACUACAUAUGUCUUCCUCAUUCGCCCCUUCUCCACGCCGGCCCCCUCCUCACCCCUGUCCUCUUCCCAUCUCUCAUCCUCCUCUUCUUCUUCUUCAUCCUCUGCCUCCUCAUCAUCCUCCUCAUCCAUUUCUUCAUCUUCCUCCACUUCUUCAUCGGCCUCUUCUUCAUCCUCCUCAUCAUCAUCCUCCUCCUCCUCUUCGUCUCCGCCGCCAAUCGACUACGGUGCAUACAGCGCUCCCCUGGAGCUGCAGACUCUUGGAGAGUUGGCGCUGGCGUCCAGCGAGCAGAAUCCAGUGGUGAUCAUUGUUGUUGUAUCCGUGGCUGCCCUGAUCAUGUUGCUUUCAAUGGGAGUUGGGCUGCUCAUCUGGAGAAGACAAUGCGGCUACAGUAAAGCUUCUCAAGAGGGAGAUGAGGAACUUUACUUCCAGUUUAAGAUCCCAACACGGAGGACUUACAUUGACCCUGAGACCUGCGAGGAUCUGCUGCAGGCCGUGCACGCCUUUGCUAAGGAACUGGACAACUCCAGCAUCAAAAUAGAAAGAAUUGUGCACACAGGUGACUUUGGGGAAGUGUGCCGAGGUUGCCUGAAGCUGCCCAGUAAGAGAGAGCUGCCGGUGGCCAUAAAGACAUUAAGGGCCGGCUGCUCUGACAAACAGCGGCGCUCCUUCCUCAGCGAGGCGGGCAUCCUUGGGCAGUUUGAUCACUCCAACAUCAUUCGUCUGGAGGGGGUCAUCACCACCGGUAAUACCAUGAUGAUCAUUGUGGAGAGCAUGUCCAACGGAUCUUUAGAUUCUUUCCUUAGGAAACAUGAAGGCCAGCUGAGUAUGAUGCAGCUGAUGGAUAUGCUGACCGGGGUUGCAUCAGGGAUGAAGUACCUCACUGAAAUGGGCUUUGUCCAUAAACGGCUGGCCGCACACAAGGUGUUGGUUAAUUCCAACUUGGGCUGCAAGGUGUCAGGCUUCAGACCUCUUCAGGAGGACAAGAUAGAGGCCAUCUACACUACGCUGCACGGAGGGAAGAGUGUGGUGUUAUGGUCUGCUCCGGAGGCCAUCCAGUACCACCGCUUCUCCUCAGCCUCAGAUGUCUGGAGCUUUGGCAUUGUCAUGUGGGAGGUCAUGUCCUAUGGAGAAAGACCCUACUGGGAUAUGGGCAACCAAGAUGUGAUUAAGGCCAUAGAGGACGGUUUCCGGCUGCCUGCACCAGUUAACUGCCCACCGCAUCUCCAUCAGCUGAUGCUGGAUUGUUGGCAGAAGGAGAGGACAGAGAGGCCCAGCUUCAGUCAGAUCCACUCAGCUCUCAGCAAGAGUAUUCGUUCCCCCGAUGGCAUUGGUUCCUCCACACUGGCACGCAGGACACUAAGCUCAUCUAUUACACUAGCAGAGCGGCCCCUCCCCUCCUUCCCAUCCUUUAACUCAGUAGGAGAGUGGCUGGAUGCCGUGGACAUGGGCAGAUACAAAGACAACUUCACUGCUGCAGGAUACUGCUACUUGGAGUCUGUGGCACGCAUGACUGUACAAGAUGUACUGAGCCUUGGCAUCACUUCCCUGGAGCACCAGAAGCUGAUACUGGCUGCCAUCCAGACACUCAGAGCCCAGGUCAUCCAAAUGCACGGCCGUGGUGUGCAGGUCUAACAAACAUUGUAAUGCAGCUGCACACCCACAUAUUAGUGCAGAUGGAUGGGAGAAGAGGAGGAGAGAGCGCUCUUCCAGACUGAGGGAAAGAUGAGCAGGUCUUUUGGCCAACUGCACUCCUCUAUUUACUCCUCCCUCCCACACGUCCUCAUGCCUUCCUUAAUUCCUGUCUUUCUUUUUACCUACGAAUCCCCUCGGAGACGAGCAGCGUUCGCGUCGUCAUUAGGGGAAUGCAGAGGAGUGAUGUCAUGUGAUUUUUUUUUUUGUGACCUCUAUCUGCACUUUGACCUUCAAGAACUGUGUCAGCGCCAUCCCCCAGCAUUCUGGAUCAGUAUUUAAACACUGAGAGAGGUUCUGCUGAAGCUGGCCUCUGAGCUGGGGGAGAAACACAGACGUGCUACUGCUGCAAAAAUCACCAGUUAACAGUCGUUGACUAUCGCUUGAAGACCUACAUAGACGGGGCCGAAUUAUAGGAAAUGGCUGAUAGGAGUGGUCUCUUCCAGGACGAUAAUGCCCCCGUUUAUAAGGCAUGAGGGGGAACCGAAUAGUUUGAUGAGAAUGAAAGCUUAUCUCAACCAAACUGGACACCUAUCGGAGAUUUUGGAAGGACACAUUAGACAGCACUCUCCACCUCCAUAAUCAAAACACCAAAUGAGGGAACAUCUCUUGGAAGAACGGUGUUCAUCCCUCACAAACUGUAGAAUCAACGCUAUUCCGGUGGCGACAUCUUACCAAGACAAUUUAUGUUGAGUUUUCCUUUAAUUUGUCACCUGUCUGUACAUUUUGGGUGACAUUUCCCUUUACCCGAUUAGUUAAAAACUAAAUGUUCCCGGGAACUAUUUAACUGGCCUUGGAUCAGACUGAGAACAAUAACUGUAAACUGGCACAGCUGAUUAAGCAAAACAGGAACUGACUACCAGAUACAGAACCAUAUCAGUCUAUUUAUCACAUCACAGAGGAAACAAACAUCAUCUGCUGAAGACUGAAAACGGCUGAAAUGCACCCAAGAUCUCAACGCAGCUGCUGUUGACGGUUAUGACAACCGAGCUGCCCCAUGUGAGUAACAUUCAUCGUGUGGCCCUUUACGCAGUAAGCUCAUUGAUCUCGAUAGGUGGCUCAGAGUUCCUUGCAGUGAUGACUCCUGUAAAGUGGGGCAUGUGCUUUCACCACUUUGACCCUACAAGCUCACCUGCAGGAUUCAAAUGUAAAGCAAAAAGUGGAAAAAUGUGUUUGAUUGUUCAUUAAUUUGUCAUACGUCGCCAUUUGUUUCACUGUUCUUUUUCUCUACACCUCUUCUCUCCUCCUUUGUGCUUAUGAAACAUCAAAUUUUCCCUUUAGCCUGGAUGUUGUCUCGGUAACAUAAUCCUCCUCUCCAAAGGCUCUCUCACUACCAUGGUUAAUGCUCUGUAUAGAAUUCAGGCCAACUCUGGAAGAUGGUCUGGUUCGGCUAUUUAUCCAUAUUUAUUUAUGUUUACAAACUGUAACACAAACCUCUUCACAAAGAGGUUUACGAGGGUUUAUUUAACUUAUAGUAUUUAAAAGUAUUAAGCUAAACUUGUCUUCUCGUUUGUUUUUCAGUUUGUCAUUAAAUAUUUGUUGACUUAUUAUAUGACUAUAUGAGUUUAUACUGAAGAGAAUUGUUUUAUACAUGGUGAGAGGAACCCUGGAGGAUUUUUACUGUCAGCACACAGUAUCUGUGUAUUCUUGAACACUGGACUUGGUACAGUAGUUUGGGGUCCAUUAUCAUUGGCUUUGCUGUAUACAUUACAGUGUGUGUUGCAGUACAGUUUAACAGAAUGUCAGGUUUUUUUUCUUUUAUUGUUGUUGCUUAGAUGUUUAAUUUUACCGUUGCUACCAUACUAUGUAUGUGGUUGCACUUUGUCAUUUUUUUUUCCAGCAAUCUCCCAGGAUUCUCUCUGUACAGUGAUCAGCUCCUCACCUUUACUAUCCUCUUUCAAUGCAGGAGACCUGAACGAAGUAGUUUAUCGGGGCAUUAUUUGAUUCUCUUACAAUUUCACAAUAGAAAGGUACAUCAUUUUUGACUGGAAUAUUGUAUCUGGUUUGUAUUUAGUACAAAAUGAGUUUGUUUUUUUUUCUGUUUUCUCUCCCUGUGCUCUCUCCCUCUCUUGUCUGUUUUCGGUCAAAUCAAAUUAACAUACGUUCUUAUAGAUGUUAUCACACGCAUCCCAAAAAAAAAAAAAAAAAAAAAAAAAAAAAACAGACACAAUGAUGGUCCCUUUUACACACGUAUAUACAAAUACACUCAUUCAGUCACUAACAUACAACAACCUGGACCUCGCCACUACAAUGAAUGAAAGUCUAUUCCCUCUUUAUCCCCUCUCUGUUACUGUGACCAUUAUGAUAUAUGUAUGUUUAAUAUUGUAAAUAUGUAUUUGAAAAUGCUAAAUCUAUUUUUAUAAUUUGUUUGAAGAACAAUGUGUUGAAUAUAAUAUCUGCUCACUGUGUAAGGGUUUUAUUUGUUUGAAUUUAGGGCCAUAGCCAAGAAACUCUGGUGUUUGGAAUAUAAAACUAAAAAAAAAGUUUCUUUUUUUGUUAGUUUUUGAUGAUUUUUACCUGUUAGAACAAAAUCUGAUGGCUGUUGAAAUAUUGAAAUGUGUUAUUAAAAAAUCUUCAAUACAGCAAA